UUUACCAUAAAAAAUUAAGAUUUCCUAUUCUUUUAUACAUCAAUUAUUCAUCUUUUUUUCGGGCACGUUACGAAGAAUUUUUAUACUUAAAUGUUUUUAAAUAUAUUUUAAAUCUUUAAAUAAAGACCUUUUUAAAGGUCUUUAAGGAUUAUAAGAUGAAAAAACAAACAAUGCCUGCGGGUCCAUUAAAUUAUGCAAGAGCAGUUUCAUCAGGAGAAACAAAUAUAAAACGAGGGAAUCAUGAAUCAGGAGGAUUAGGAGGAUUAUUAAAUGGUUCAGGAGGACGAGGUAGAAGAAAUCAUCAAUCACCAGGAAGUCCUAUGAGAGGGAAUGGAGGGAAUAAACAACGGUCAAGAACAGCAUCUACAGUAACAAGUGUAACUACGGAUAGUGUAAGAUCACGAGGAACGAGUAUAGGUCCAAAAAAUAUAGAAACAAAUGGGUCGACGGAAAUGAGAGAAAAUACAGGAGAUGAUAUAAAUAAUGGAUUAAAUGUUAAGAAAAUAGCGGGAGAUUAUUCAAUUUCGACGAUAUCACAUCAUCGAAGGAACUCGUCUAUUCAUUCUAUUAAAUCGGAGAUGUUUCAUUCGAACCGAUCGUCACUAUCUCCAUGUCAUCAGAAUCAAAUGGUUUAUCCAUAUCCAUAUCAAUCAUCGCCGUAUUUUUUUGUACCUCAAAAUUAUCCUGGAACAGGAUAUAAUGCUAGUGUUGCAGCGUAUGGACCGUCUCAUUCAGGGUUUACACAACGAAAUAUGAGUGGAUUUUCAAGUUCUUCAAAUCAUCCAUUUAAUACAGUAUCUUCGCCUCAAAUAUCGCAAACUUCUGGAUUUCCAGUAGUAUCAUCACAGCCAUGGCAACAAAUGAAUCAGCAUUAUUUUUAUCAGAGCGGAUAUGAUCAAACAGGAUUUUAUCCCCCAAUUUAUGGGAUAUCUCCUCAUUCGUUUAUGAGGCCAAUGAGUUCAUAUCCUAGUAUUUCUUAUUCAUAUUCAGGACAGUCUUUUCAAACUUCAUAUCUUCCAACACAGUCGGUCCAGAUGAGCAAAAGCGUAUCUUCGUCUUCGGAUUGUCCUGUUACAUCAACAGUGGUACCUACGACGUUUUCGGAGACUAAUACAUGGUCUUCACAAGCAACAACGGAUGAAACAGGAUCGUCUUCUGUUGUUCGUCCUCAGAAACGAGUUAAUGCAGCUGUUAAAAUUGUUAAUCCCAAAACAAAUAUGGAAAUAUCGAUUUCACCGACAUUACCUGUCUCUGAAAAGGAAAAUCUUUCACUUCCAAUUGUAGAUGAAUCUUCCAAAGAUGUUUCUGAUUUAUCUGAGAUUUGUGAACAAAAGGAUUCAGAGGUUUCGACCGCUCCUGAAAAUCGGAUUCAAGAUGAAGAUGAACCACUCGAAAUCGAAAAAGCAGUAAAUGAUGAUAAUGUUAAUAAAAAAAUGAGUGUUCAGGAAGAAAAUGAUCUUUAUGUAUCUGAGAAAGAACAAAACUCUGAUUAUGAUGAAAUUAAAGAAGAUUUAACACUCGAGAUUGAAGAAAGUAAAGAGUCAAUUGAAAUUGGUCAUGAAAUAUAUCAAGAUGCGACCGAAUUAACUCGGAAAGACGAAAAUAUUGAUAUAUUAGAACAGAAAAUGCAUAAUGUCGAAAUAGCUCAAGAAGAAGAAAAAAUGAUUGAGACAAGUCAGGAAACAAAAGAUACUUUUGAAACGGUUCAUGAAGAUGCAAUUGAAAUGAUUCAAGAAAUGGAUAUUCUUGAGCCGGUUCAAAAUAUAAUUCAAGCUGAUCGAGAAAAUGUAGUUGAUGACUCGUUUGUAUAUGAAGAAUCUUCAUUUGAAAAAAAAGACAUAGAAACGUCUACGUCUCAAGAACUAGAUUUAAAUUCUAUAGAAAAAGAACAAUUGGAAAUUAUGGAUAAAGAUAAAUAUCAAAAUGAUCAUAAUAACGAUGAGGUUCAGGAUUGUGAUAUUAUUAAUGAAUUUCAAAAUAAGCUAUCGAUAAAAAAUCAGGAAAUUAGUGUAGAACAAUCUCGACUUUCAUCUACUGAAAAAACUAAACAAAAACCAUUGCUUAUACCCCUUGGUUUUUCUGAGAUAGAUAAAAAUGAUGCGCAUGUAGUUUCAAUGUCUAUUACAUCUCUUAAGAACUCAGUAUUUAUUACGGAUCUUAAGACUAUUGUAUAUCCUGAAGGAUUCAAGCCUCCAAAGACAUCUUUAAAUGUAAAUUCAUUACCUGGAAAAUUUAGAUAUGAUGAAGAAUUUUUGUUACAGUUUCAAAAAGUUUAUAUAGAUAAACCUGAUUUUAAUUGGGAUGAACGUAUAAAAGACACUAUUGGUGAUGGAACAGAUGAUAAAAAAUCUUCCAAAAAUAGUCUUGGAGGAUUAAGUUCAAGAUCAAUAUCUCGAAGUAUUGGUGUUUCGAUGACAUCUAUUCCUAUAGGUAGUUUUGGUCUGAAUAAACCUCUUCCUUUAGGAAAAUCUGUAUCAAAUCAGCAUUGUUCGCAUAUUAAUACUCAAACACAGCAAAAUUCUGAUUCUUCGUCGAAUGUAUCGGAGGAAACAUUUGGAGUUAGUAAGCUCGCCUCUAAUAAAUCUGUAUCUGGAAUUACAUCAAAUGAAUCUGGAAGUCCAGUUGGCUCUAGAUUUUCUUUAUCAGGUUCCGGUAACCCAGUUGCGCUUGGAUUUUCUAUGUCUAGAUCUGGGAGUCCGGUUACUCCUAGGAUGCCAUCUAGAAAAGGAGGUAGUCGUCGUGGAGCAGGGUUUACACAGACAGAAUCUAAAGUUGAUAAAUAUGAUCAAAAAAGCGGAUCUAAUAUACUUUCCGAUCAUGUGGCUCCUUUGGCAUUAUCUGCAAAUAGAUGGCAACCAAAGUUAAAAUCUCAGCCGAUUCAACCAGGUGAACAUAUGGAUCCUGAGAUGGUCCAGCGGAAAGUUAAGGCUGCACUUAAUAAACUUACAGUCGACAAUUUUGAUCGAAUAACUGAUCAAAUUUUAGAAAUUGCUUCUCAAUCAAAGAAUGAAACAGACGGGCGAACUUUACGGCAAAUUAUUCAGCUUACUUUUGAAAAAGCUACAGAUGAAGCGAAUUUUUCAAGUAUGUAUGCUAGAUUUUGCAGAAAAAUGAUGGAAACUACAAGUUCUGAAAUUCGUGAUGAGAAAUUACAGUUAGAUAAAAAUGGGAGACCAAUUACUGGAGGCAUUCUUUUUAGAAAAUAUCUUCUUAAUAGAUGUCAAGAAAAUUUUGAACGUGGUUGGAAAGCUAAUCUUCCUUCUAAACCUAAUGGCGAAUCUAAUACUCAGGAAGCCGAAAUGCUUUCUGAUGAAUAUUAUGUUCUCGUUACGGCAAAACGUAGAGGAUUGGGUCUCAUUAAAUUUAUCGGUGAACUUUUCAAGUUAAAUAUGUUAACUGAAAGGAUUAUGCAUGAGUGUAUAAAGAAACUUCUUGCUAAUGUUGUUGAUCCCGAUGAAGAAGAAAUCGAGAGUUUAUGUAAACUUUUAGCUACUAUUGGCAAAGAUUUAGAAAGUACUGAGAAGGGACACGUACAUAUGAAUGUAUAUAUUGAGCGUAUGGAUAAGAUUGUUAAAACAUCAAAUCUUUCAAAUAGAAUUAAAUUUAUGGUUAUGGAUAUUUUGGAUUUAAGAAAAAAUGGAUGGAAGUCUAAAAAUGCGGAUAAAGGGCCAAAGACAAUCGCUGAAAUUCAUGAAGAUAUAGCUAAAGAAAAAGCCGAAGCAGAUGCUAUACGACUUGUGAAUCAAAAUCGUGGGUCAAGAUUAGACUACGGACGAACGGAUAAGAGUGGACGUUCUUGUAUAUCAUUAUUUGGAGUUCCUGAUUGGCAAAACACAAAAAAUCUCAAUUCUGCUGAUUGUAAGGUUGGAGAUUUAUCAAGACUUGGACAAAUACGAUCUUCUAAUCAAUGUUCAUUCGGUCCCGGUGGUCAGCUUUCAUCUUUAAGUUUAAGUGAGACUAAAAAAAUUGCAUUUGAAACACAAGACACUCAAAAAGAAUUAAUCGAUCCCUUGCAAACUUCUGAUUCUUCUAUUCCUGCUUCUGAACAAGAUUCUUCGAAUACUUCAUUUAUGAUUAAAUCUGACCAUAAUAAACAAAAUAAUGAAAAAAUACAACAUGAAAAACUUCUUCCUGAUAAUUUAUCUUCAUCAAAUAUAUUAUUCAGAACAAAAUUAUCUGAUUCUGUGGAAGAUAUAUCCGAGGAAACUUUUAAUAAUAAUUCUCAAGAAAAUCAACUUUCUCUUACAGAACCUUCUCAACUAAUCCUUCAGGAAUCUGAUUCCGACCAAAAUGCUUUGGAAAAAUUCGCUGAUUUUAAACAAUCUCCCAUUGCGUAA